AUGAAAAUGAAAAGUGUUUAUUUUGUUGCUGGGCUCCUUUUAAUGAUAGUUCAAAGCAGCUGGCAAAAUCCUCUUCAGGAUACAGAGGAGAAAUCAAGAUCAUUCAAAGCUUCCCAGUCUGAACCAUUAGAUGACUCUAGACAGAUGAAUGAAGUGAAACGUCACUCACAAGGCACAUUCACCAGUGAUUACAGCAAGUACUUGGACACUAGACGAGCUCAGGACUUUGUGCAAUGGUUAAUGAGCACUAAAAGAAAUGGCCAACAAGGACAGGAGGACAAAGAAAAUGACAAAUUCCCGGACCAGCUCUCAAGCAAUGCGAUCUCCAAGCGUCAUGCUGAAUUCGAGAGACAUGCUGAAGGCACCUAUACCAGUGAUAUCACCUCUUAUUUGGAAGGUCAAGCUGCCAAAGAGUUCAUUGCUUGGUUAGUGAAUGGACGAGGAAGAAGAGAUUUCCCAGAAAAAGCUCUUGUGGCCGAAGAAAUGGGCCGAAGACAUGCAGAUGGCACUUUCACGAGCGAUAUCAACAAAGUCCUUGAUGACAUGGCUGCCAAAGAGUUCCUAAAAUGGCUGAUUAACACAAAAGUUACCCAAAGGGACCUUCUGGGAGAAUACUAGUAAAAAUGCAGAAUAAAAAUGGGAUAAAUGAAGAUCUUCAUUGCAUCAACUGCCAGUUAUUAAGAGAUUCUGAAAUCUGUAUUCUGUCAUUUACAUUGGGUGUAACAAAGCUAUGUCACCUUGCAUGCCAGGAAAUAAUUGUACUAUAGUUUAGUGUUGCCAAAGGUUUAUAUAUGGAAAACCUAUUGUCUAAGGGAUGGCUACCUUAAAAGCUUUAAGACUACGAAAGUUCCAUAUCUUCAUAUUUUCCAUUUAUUAGGACUGCAGUAACUCCAUUUAUAUUUAAUGAUAAAAUUAUUUUUCUAAAAAGUUGACUUCUACACACAAAUGAUUCAAUCACCAAUUACAUGUGUUAUUUGUACGGAGCUGGCAGUUACAAAUGCCUGAGAAGUGAAUAUCCCUCUUAAAACCUUUGUUAUAAAAAGGCUAAGCUUUAAGGACAUUAAAUGAUAGCCUUAAAUAAAUUUUUUCAAGCUUC